AUGAAAAUCUUCCGGAAUAUUCUUCUGCUUCUUUGCCUUUUGGCGAUCUGCAAGACGGACACAUCCCAGGUUCAUCUGAGAUUCACCUGCGGUAAACCGGCCGGCACUUGGUGGUGCGGAACUUUUCUGGUUACUGUGCAAAACCCUAGAAAUGGUUUUAACAUGACGUACAGACCUGGUAACUUCUGCAAAAUAGGUAAUGAUACCCUGAAAUUCGAUGCUUCACUUUACAAUAGAGGAGAUCAAUUCCCGUACAAAUGGUACUAUCACUUGAUUCACAACUGCUCCUGUUACGGAAUCCAUCACUGUCUAGAACUAAAAGACACGGAGAAUGCACCAAAAGAAGGAUUAACCGCGGCAGAAUUCAAAACCGAACUUUUUGACGCAGGUUACCUAACCAAUGAAUGCGGCGAUGACGAGCAUCCUAUGGUCAUUCGGACAAUUUAA